AUGUGGCGUGGGCGUGAGAGAGUGGGUAAUAGUGCGGCACGUGCUACUGCUACAGACAGCAGCUUACCAUCUGUAGCUGAUACAGAUGCCGUGCCGGUUGUAGCAUUGGAGGAGAGCAGCGUCUCGACUGCUCUCGGCACAGCCUCGUAUGUGACUGCCACGUGUCGUGCAUCUGAGGCAGGUGCUGUGCUGGAAGCGCUGGGGCGAGAGGUGGAGAGGGCUUGGGGAAAGGGCGGAGGAGAGGGGAGUGCGGGAAGGGGCGGAGGAGAGGGGAGUGCGGGAGGGGGCGGAGGAGAGGGGAGUGCGGGAGGGGAAAACAUUCCCUUCUUUGGGUGUGUGGUUGGUGGCGGCAUGGCGCAUGGGCCAUGGGGCGGCGAGGGGGAGAUCAUGGGGGAGGCACACGCAGGGAGAAUAGGCCGUAGCGAUGCGCAUGGCAUGGGGAACCACGGCAGGGAUGAUGCUGAUGGUGAGGGUGAGAGUGAGAAUGAGGGGGAAGGGGAGGCGUUGGAGUGGGAGGAGGUGGUGAUGGCGGCAGCAGCAGAGGAGGUGAUAGAAGGCGUGGUGCUGUUGGAACUGAUUGAAGACGCUGACCACAUCAUUCGCGAGAUGGCUGCUUUUGCCCCGCACGAGGAGGGCAGGCAGCAGGGCGGGGACGACGCGCAGGGGAUGCACGAGGCAGGAGAGGUGACUGGGGAGCUGAAAUGCGGCCAGUUGAGCUCUGCCGCCUCUCCUGUGACCACUUCUGCUGCUCUCCCUGCUCCGCCUUUCACAGAACCCUCUAACUCGUUUGCUGAGUCCAUCCGAGCAAUCACAGAGGGCCACGUGGCACAAGCUGAGGGCGCAGUUACCCAGCGCUUGGAAGCAGCUUCCAGGAGGUUUCUGGGGCUUGCAGAGGGCCUGCAGACGCGUUUAGAGGCGCCUCAGUACAAGCUGCAGGGGCUUGCGGACUCCAUUCAGGAGCGUAUGUGGCCAAGUAAUGAAACUCUGCAAGGAAAUGAGUUGCUGUCGGCAAGAGGAGCUGUUUCAUCUAGAGGGGAUGGUGUGACAGGGGGGCUUGAGGGGAGGGGAGAGGAAGAGCGGGAGGUGGUGGUGGUGGUGUGUGCUGCUGUCAUGCCCGGUGUGGACGUGCAGUGCUUUGAGGUUCAGGGAGACUCGUUCCCGGACCUGGGCGGCAACAUGGCGCACAUGGUGACAAGCAACGCCGCCCAUUUUGUGGUUGCAGGGACGGGAGGCCCCUCACUGCCCCGGCUCCUGGCCCGCCUGCACACCAUCUUCCCACACUCCUCCAGCCAGUCAUCUGUUGCUGCAUCAAGCACCAUCUCUCAUGUUCCUGGCGCUCAUCUAUCCAUCCUUGUGCGUCUUCCCUCCCUUUUCCUGCUGAGCCUCUCCCCCCAUUCUCCCUUCCCAUGUGCCUCCUCCCCUGCCUCCUUCCCACCUGCACCAGCGGAGCAGCAGAGCAGCGAUGCCCUACAGGCGUGCUUCACGCACUUCAUCCGCCACCUCACUCUUCCCCUCCCCCCUGCCACGAGCCUCCAUGCCCCCUCACCUCCCUCCCCCACCACUGCAUCUGCUGCUCCGAACAUGGACAUGCAUGCAAGGGCCAUUGCACCGCCUGCCCCCUGGCUUCGCGUUAACAAUCUCCUGGCGGCCUCGUUGCAAGCUCUGUUGAACCCAAAUGCCACCGAUCUUGCCCACAAGCAAAAAGCAGCUGAGACGAGAUCAAGAGUAGUCACAUUGAACCGGACUGAACCGGACGUUUACGACGCAAGACGUAAAAAACGACCCCGAUGCGGACAUCCCACCAGACACCAGUCCCCUAGACGUGGAGCAGCUGCUGCUGGCAUACCUCAAGUGCCUCCCCGAGCCCCUCAUGACCUUCGCCCUCUUCCCUGGCGUCGCCACGCCCCCUUCCUCAACUUCCCGCUCCCCCUCCCUUCCUCCUUAAGUCUAGACGAAACCAGGGAAGGCGCAGGAGGAGCAGGUGCAGCAGCAGCAGGGGAUGGGGGGGAUGGUAGCAGAGGGAUAUUAAAACCAGUAUUAGCAAGAGCACGGGAGGAGGCGGUGCUGCUGGCGGUGAGUGGGGACAUGCCGAGUCUAAUGGCCCCCUCAUCUCCUCCUGCUUUGACACCCAAGGGCAGUGCUGCCGUUGCUGCUGCUGCUGCUGCUGCUGCUGUUGGUGCUGGUGGCGGCGGUGCUGGGGGUGGUGCGGACAGUAUGGCGAGUCCUGCUAUGAGGAGGGCUCAGAGUGAAAAGGUAAUGAGGGUGGGAGAUGGACCGAGUGCAGCUGCUGCUGCUGCUGGACCAGCAGUCGUGGAGGCGAAUGGAAAGUCGUCUGUUCUGGAGAUCCCUUCGGAAGAGGAGCCAACACAAGCACAAACGGCAAUAGUGGAAGCAAUUAUGGUGCUUAUAGAUAGCCUCGAAUCCAUCUUCUCGCAUAAUCCUGGCAACCCUAUUCUCCUUCCCGUCUCUUCAUCCCUCUGCUUGUCGAUAAGAGCAGCGGCGUCGAGCGCGGAGGGCAGCGGUGUGUCCGUCGCAGAGGCAUCUCCCGCGAAGGGAGCAGCUGAGCCGACCGUUUCAGCCGAGUCUGGCGGAGCGGGAACAAGCGAGGGGAAGGCUGCUGUGAGAAAGCGUCUCGUUUCAGGCGUCCAGCCGACGGGAAGCAUUCAUUUGGGAAACUACUUGGGCGCAAUCAAGAACUGGAUCCCGCUGCAGGACGAGUGUGACACCUUCCUCUUCGUGGUCGACCUGCACGCAAUCACCCUACCCCAUGACGUGGACGACCUAUCACGCUCAUCAUGCACGGCAGCAGCCAUGUACCUGGCGUGCGGGGUGGACCCAUCCAAGGCCACCGUGUUUGUGCAGUCGCACGUGCGAGCGCACGCGGAGCUGACGUGGCUGCUGUCGUGCACAACGCCCAUGUCAUGGCUCAAUAAGAUGAUUCAGUUCAAGGAGAAAGCGCGCAAGGCGGGCGAGGACGUGGGAACAGGGCUGCUCACCUACCCUCUCCUCAUGGCGGCAGACAUCCUCCUCUACCAGUGUGACGUGGUGCCAGUGGGCGAGGACCAGAGGCAGCAUCUGGAGCUCACCAGAGACGUGGCAGCGCGGAUCAACAACCUUUAUGGCGGCCGCAAGUGGAAGAAGCGCGGAGGGCGGGGCGGCAGGGUGUUCAAGGUGCCAGAGGCCAUGAUCCCCCCUGCUGGGGCUCGCAUCAUGUCGCUCACAGAUGGCACUUCCAAGAUGUCCAAGUCUGCCCCCUCGGACAUGUCCCGAAUCAACCUGCUCGACCCCCCUCAAGUGAUAGCCAACAAGAUCAAGCGCUGCAAGACGGACAGCUUCACUGGCAUGGAGUUUGGCAAUCCAGAGCGCCCCGAGUGCCAGAACCUGCUGUCCAUCUACCAGAUCGUCACCGGGAAAACCAAAGAGGAGGUGGAGCAGGAGGUGGGGGCGCUGAGCUGGGGGCAGUUCAAGCCGCUGCUUGCAGACGCCCUUGUCGCUCACCUAGAGCCAAUCCAGAAACGGUACGAGGAGGUGACAGCAGAUCCAGCAUAUCUGGAUGAAGUACUGGCAGGGGGAGCAGCACGAGCCAAUGAGAUCGCUGACCGCACACUAAGGGACACAUAUGAUGCCUUGGGAUUUAUGGCUCCACCACGUAGAUAA